GUAACCUUAGGUGGGACCUUUAUUGGCAUUGGACGCAAAACUCCAGAUUGCCAAGGGACCACCAAAUAUUUCCGCUGCAAGUUCUGCAAUUUCACCUACAUGGGCAAUUCUUCAACUGAGUUGGAACAGCACUUCUUGCAGACCCAUCCAAACAAGAUCAAGGCCUCCCUUCCUGUCUCUGAAGGCAGCAAAGCCACAGACAGAAACUCGAACAAGUCCAGUCCUACUGUUCGAUUGGGUGAGAUGGGAGAUUUGGGGAAGUGGCAGGACAAGAUCACCAUCAGAUGUGGAGAUGACACUCCAGUUGGCUAUUCGGUGCCCAUCAAGCCCCUUGAAUCCUCAAGACAAAACGGUACGGAUGCCUCCAGUUACUACUGGUGCAAAUUCUGCAGCUUUAGUUGUGAAUCCUCCAGCUCUCUCAAACUAUUAGAACAUUACAGCAAGCACCAUGGGGGGAACCAGGCAGGGGGCCCUCACCCAGAUCGGAAUGACAAGCUCUCAAGGGGGUCAGUCAUUAAUCACAAUGACGUAACCAAAAAUGCAGAUGAAGAGUUAGCAACAAAGAGCGAGAAGGGCUCUAGCAUGGCCAAAAAGAAAGACUUUUCCAGCUCAGGAGUGGAGGACCACGUGGUGACAAGCUACAAUUGUCAGUUUUGUGAUUUUAGGUACUCAAAGAGCCAUGGCCCAAAUGUAAUAGUGGUGGGACCUCUUCUUCGUCAUUAUCAGCAGCUACACAACAUUCAUAAAUGUACUAUUAAGCACUGUCAGUUUUGUCCCCGAGGCCUCUGUAGUCCAGAAAAGCACCUUGGAGAAAUUACUUAUCCUUUUGCUUGCAGGAAAAGUAAUUGUUCCCAUUGUGCUCUCUUGCUCUUGCACUUGUCCCCUGGGAUGCCAGGAGGCACCAGAGUCAAGCAUCAGUGUCACCAGUGCUCUUUCUCCACCCCUGAUGUAGACGUUCUCCUGCUUCAUUAUGAAACCACACACGAAGCCCAGGUGUCUGAAGUCAAGCAAGAAGCAAAUACCCUGCAAGGGGGGGAUGGACCACUGACUGUCAAAGAAAGCAAAGAACACUCGUGUACCAAAUGUGACUUUGUCACUCAGGUAGAGGAGGACAUUUCUCGACACUACAGGAGAGUCCAUAAUUGUUAUAAAUGCCGUCAGUGCAGCUUUACAGCGCUUGAUACACAGUCCUUACUGGAACACUUCAACACUGUGCACUGUCAAGAAAUGGACAUCACCACAGCCAAUGGGGAAGAUAGCCAUGGGAUGGUGGCUGCUCUCAAGGAAGAAUCCAAAAUUGAUCUGAAGGUUUAUAACCUGAUCAGUUCGGAUCCAAAAGUGGGGGACCCCAUCUUGGAGAGUGUAGUGAAGAAGGAAAAGAUGGAGGAAAAAGAAGGAUCGAAGGAGAAAGGUUGGCCUGAUGGGUCUAGUGAUGAUCUUCGUGGUACAACUUGGAGAGGAGUGGACAUUUUGAGAGGAAGCCCAUCCUAUACCCAAACAAGCUUGGGCCUUCUGACCACGGUGUCUGUUGUCCAAGAGCAGCCAAAGGCUUUGAGGGAUAGUCCAAAUGUAGAAGCUGCUCAUCUUGCGAGACCUGUAUAUAGCUUGCCUGUUGAGACCAAGGGAUUCCUGCAAGGCAUGCCCCAAGGAAGUGGAGAAAAACCUGGACCACUUCAGCCAUAUCCUGGAUCUGCUGAUAACAAGUCAAAGGAUGAGUCUCAAUCACUUUUACGGAGACGUAGAGGCUCGGGUGUUUUUUGUGCCAAUUGCCUGACCACAAAGACCUCACUCUGGCGAAAGAACGCAAAUGGAGGAUAUGUCUGCAAUGCGUGUGGUCUCUACCAGAAGCUUCAUUCGACUCCCAGGCCUUUAAACAUCAUUAAGCAGAACAACGGUGAGCAGAUCAUUAGGCGACGGACAAGAAAACGCCUUAACCCAGAGGCACUUCAGGCUGAGCAGCUAAACAAACAACAGAGAGGGAACAGCGAGGAACAGGUCAACGGCAGCCCAUUAGACAGGAGGUCAGAAGAUCAUUUAACAGAAGGUCAUCAGAGAGAAAUCCAGCUUCCCAGCCUAAGUAAAUAUGAAGCCCAGGGUUCAUUGACUAAAAGCCAUUCCGCUCCUCAGUCAAUACUGGUCGGCCAAUCUCUGGAUAUUCAUAAAAGGAUGCAACCUUUGCACAUUCAGAUAAAAAGUCCUCAGGAAAGUUCUGGAGACCCAGGCAAUAGUUCCUCCAUAUCAGAAGGAAAAGGAAGCUCAGAGAGAGGCAGUCCAAUAGAGAAAUACAUGAGACCUGCUAAACACCUAAACUAUUCACCACCUGGAAGUCCGAUUGAGAAGUACCAGUACCCACUUUUUGGACUUCCGUUUGUACACAAUGAGUUUCAAAGUGAAGCUGAUUGGCUGAGAUUCUGGAGUAAAUAUAAGCUUUCCGUUCCUGGGAAUCCACACUACUUGAGUCAUGUGCCUGGCCUACCAAAUCCUUGCCAAAACUAUGUGCCUUAUCCCACCUUUAAUCUGCCUCCUCAUUUUUCAGCUGUUGGAUCUGACAAUGACAUUCCUCUAGAUUUGGCGAUAAAACAUUCCAGACCUGGGGCGACUGCAAAUGGUGCCUCUAAGGAGAAAGCUAAGACAGCAUCAAAUGUAAAAAAUGAAGGUUCCUUGAAUGUACCGGUAGUUAAAACCGAGAAAGUUGACCGAAGUACUCAAGAUGAUCUAUCAACCAAGUGUGUGCACUGUGGCAUUGUCUUUCUGGAUGAAGUGAUGUAUGCCUUGCAUAUGAGUUGCCAUGGUGACAGUGGACCUUUUCAAUGCAGCAUAUGCCAAUAUUUUUGCACGGACAAGUAUGACUUCACUACUCACAUCCAGAGGGGCCUACAUAAGAACAAUGCACAAGUGGAAACGAAUGGCAAACCGAAAGAGUAAAAUUAAAUAAAAUAAAUAAAAUAAAAACCUUAGCACUUAGCACAAUUAAACAGAAAUAGGUUUCCUUGAUGGGAAUUCAAUAGCUUGUAAUGUCUUAAGCACUUCAUAUAGCAAGCAUGCCUUAUCCAAUAUACAAUCUUUUAUUCUUCCCUCCUUUUGCUUCAUACAAGCAAACUAAAAGUUCUUAAGAAAGACAAUUAUUAAAAAAAAAGGAUGGCAGCUGGAAUGGGGGAGGGGUAAGGAAUCAAUCACUCGGGACCCAUCCUGCAAAAUAUAUAUAUAUAAAUAAGACAGAAAGAAAGAAAGAAAUCUAUACAAAAGACACUAUAUCAGGGAAGGUCUCUUUGCAAAACUUAAUCAGACAAAUAAUGCUUUUGUUCCUGUACAAGAAACAUAGCUGGCUAGAAUGCAAAGAUGUAUAAUGCUGAAGCAGGUGUACAGUACACAUAUGCACAUUGUAUAGUGAAAUGGACUUGUUAAAUAAACUGAUGCCCAGAAAUCUAGUAGUAUUUUUUUUUCUCCAUUUGGGUUCACUUUGGCCUUAUUAGAACAUCCUCCUGCAACAGCAUUUCUACAAUCUGGAGGCAGUAGGGCUUCUUUUUUUGGUUUGGUCUGGUUUUAUUUUGUUUUGUUUUUUCAGUUGUCUCUUGUCUAAGCCAGUGGGUAGCUGUUGUUGGAUCCCUACCACAGAGCUCUUCAAUCUUUUUGAGGUCUAGAGCAGCAGGAGCACUCCUUACGCAAUAGGUUGCAGACCAGGAACAUUCAUGCUCAGCCACAUCUGUUCCUUCCCUUUCAUUCUGAAAUCAAGUAAAUAACAAAUUCUCAGGAAAGAUGGAAGUAAAAUUACGGGAGUCUCAGAAUAUGACCUUUUAUGCCAAGAAGAUCUUCAUUCCAGGCUGCUUCUUAAAUUUUUAAAGGUGGUGAGAAAGCCCUUUAUAAGAGAGAUUCACUGAAAUUCAGCUCACAAGUCAAUCUGGGGAUGCAAACUACGUCUCAGGAGAUUGUGGAUGUAAGAUGCUAUGGCCAAAAUGUAGGAAAAGUACUCUGUUUUCUGACUUCUCUCCUAUUUGAAAGCUACUUUAUGGACUUGAUAUUCAUAGUAUUAAUGUUUGACUAACUGUUCUCUCAAUUUUGCUUCAGGUAGUGUGUGGGACUGACUUUUCCCGGAAGUCCUUAGAUUGUUUAUAUGCAGUGGUCAAUUGCUUCACGAGACUUAACUCCAGCUUUUGGUAGUGUUUGCCUUCAUGGCCAAUCUUAUUUUUAAUAUUUUGAGAGAAAGAUAAUAAUGACGAUAAUAAUAAUAAACCUUUUGUAAAAUUAUUCCAUGAAGGGAAAGCUCCUCGGCAUAACUGCUCAGGGAAAUAGGGCUAAAUAACUAAAUAUUCAGUCAUUGGUUCAAGGUGCUGUUAGACAAACCUUCACAGAUGUUGCAAGAAUCUAUAAAGGGUGGACUUCAAUUCAGUUUCACUAUCUUGGCCCAGGCAGUCCUCUUGUUGUUGUUGUUGUUGUUGUUGUUCUUAUUUUCUUAAAGGGAUAUACAAGAGAUAUUACAAGCUACUGGAUGUACUGUCAGAUUAACUUAUUUCAUUUAAGAAGUUGGGAGAACAAAUAGGAAAAAAACUUAUUUUUCUAGUAAAUAUUAAUGUAUUACAUUUCAAAUAAUGGUGCCUGACAUAUUGAAUAAUUAUUUUCUACAGUGUACGUAUGCAACAAAGAUAUUCCAUCAUGCAUAAGAUUCAGCGCUGGCUCAGCCUCGCUCUGUUUACAUUUGCAAAUGUAGCAAACAAGGUAAUGAAGCAACUUUCUAUUGCAGUAGGUAUCUUUGAUUUGUGCGCGUGUGUGUGUGCAUUAAAAUUGUAAACGGUAACAUGAAAUGAAUGGACUUUGUUGAUAAUAAUGAUAUUUGGGGGAGAAGAAGAAGAAGAAGAAGACGAAGAAGGAAAUGAAAAUAUUUUUAUGCCUACUUAGGAGGAAGAAAAAGAGUAGCACUAUUCAUUCCAAGUACUUUUUGUAUUCUUAAGCUCUUAACUCACAUUGUUAUGCUUAAAAUGAUAAACAUAUAUCCUCUUUUUAUUGCUUUGUCUAUGUUUCAGCUGAAACAUUUUGGAGAUUAUGUCAAGAGGUGCCAUCUGACUCCAUGGCACACAAGUUUCUAAUUGCAUUCUGUACUAGCAUUGCACUCCAUUUUUACCAUAUUACACCAUCGCUUCAUGUUUUCUUGUUUUGUUGCGCUGGGGCUUUAUUUUUAUUUUAUUUUUUUUGCAUUGCACAGUCUUAGUCUCUUGCGGUUGUGGAAUAUAAUUGGUUCCUAAAUGUCACUGCGAAUGAAGAUUAAAAUGUAUGAUAUUCCAUUCUCCUUUCCCACCCCUCUCUUUAUUUUUUGAAUUUUUUCUAGGGGUUUCGAGGGUAGAUCUCCAAGACAGGAUAUUAUGUCGAAGAUCCUUCUUCUGAGCCCCCCCCGCUCCAUGCUAUUAUUCUCAAUUAAAACUACCCUUUAAAUGAUUUAGAUUCAUCAUUUCCUAAUCUAGAAAAUGAGCAUUUAAAUUUAUAUGGCAAGAUAAAAUGAAGAGAAAACACCACAGUUUAGAGUUACAAGACUAGAAUCUUAAGAAGAAUCAAACCAGCACUUAUUUGCUAGAGGCUCAAUUUGUAGAAAGUAAAUGGGGCCUUGUUUAACUCUUGUCUCAGUUUAACUUCCCAUUAAGUCCCUGAAUAAAAUGGCUAAGGGUAUAGUUUUAAAUGUACAUACUAAGAAAUAAAAGCUUCAUUGAACACAGUGACAUAAAUUCCUGCAUAGGAUUGUAUCAUGUGUAGUCAUUAUAAAGGCUAAAUUACUGGGAUCCAUUUGGUUCCUUCUGAAAUUCAACCACCUUUUGGAAAACAAAAAUAGGGCAUUCACAACAUAUCACUACCAAAUGGUACUAUCCAUAGUUUGCAAAAUAUGGAUGGUAAUUUGACCUGCCACGAAUUGCAAACCCCGUGAUGCCAGCAAUUACCCAUGACUAUGCCUCUAAAAUUUAUAUUGAAAGAAAGCAGCAGGAAACCUCAAUCUGCCUGAAUGACAUUCAUAUAGCUGGUCACCAAAGAUCUGGCUGACCUUGGCAGUUUUUUAGAGCCUAUAUAGGGAACUUGUGAUGAAAGUAAUUUCUCCACUUAAUUAAAGUGAGUCUAUUAUUUGAUACCAAGGCUACAGGAUCUUUUCUUGUACCCUUUUUUCAAUUAUAAUUGCAUAUUGCUCUGAACCAAGCCAAUAUGUGCUAACAAGCCAAUAUGUAUAACAAUUUUUCAAGCCCUAAGUUUGUUAUACAUUUUUAGUAUCUAUCUGGGAUUAUUAGACCACUAAAAGGCCACAAGACAGUGGGUUGCAUUUCAAGGAUGUUGCUUAUAUACACAGUCAAGAAAGAAUAGCACUCCACAUUCUUUCUGAAAACCAUCUGUUUAGGACCUUGAAGUAUAUAUCAUUUUUCUUCUCCAAUCCGUAUGACAGUGGCACGGUUUGAAAUACACCUUUUUUCUUUCAAUUUGUUCUUGUUUCAUUAACAAUAGAAAUUAUAUUGGAUUGUGAGCCAAAAAUGAAAAUACCCCAAAUUAAUCUGAAUCACAAUUUCACUAUUUUUUUUAAAAAAGGCAACUAUUUAAACCUAAAUAUAUAUUUAAAUCCAUAAUAGGAAAUAAAAUGAGCUUUAUAAGGCAAUUUUUGUAAAAAAAAAAAAAAGGCUAUAAAAUAUGCAUUCCAUUCUAGGAAAAUCGACAGUACAUAACUACAGUCUAAUCAGGACAUUUCAUUAAAAAGUGGAGGGUAUUGCUGAUGGUGGCCCACUGCAGUAUGCCUCCUUCAGGUUUUUCAUUGUAUAUUCAACUGUCAUUUAAAAUGUUCCCAAAUUUAUCUUCGUGAACAUACAAGGAAUACAUGAUGUUAGUGUUCUAACUGUUCAAAAAACAGUGCAUCCCACAUUGUAUCGGUCCUAGUGAAAUAUUGCAAAGACACUGACAGAAUUGAAAUUCCAUUUCAGUUUAAUUUAAAAAUAAAUACUUAACAUAAUUAAGUAGCAUACUGGGCUAUCUAUAUGUUAUCUACACUUAUAUUUUGGCCAUCCUAGAAUGAUUUUGACUGUCCUAAAAUGAUCUCUUCCAGCUAUGGAUUUAAUUUGCCUCCCAUGGAAUCACUUCUGAAAGUGAAGCUAUUUUAAAGUGAAAAGUCUUGGGGAGCUGAAUAGAAUCUAAGAUCUUUUAUACUGCUUAUCUUAACAGCGGGCCACUAAUGCUGGAUGCAGAGCAGGGCAGUUUGAAAUGCUGCUACCAUCUAAAAAGAUUCAGAUGCUUUUGCACAAAAAUAUAUUUGUUAUUGUGAGAUGGAACAAUAUGUUGGUUGUAAUGCAUAACCUUUGUAUGUUUUUUUAAAACAUUAAAAUAUUAAAUAGCCUGAUCCAACCUGCCUAAACUGAUAGAUUUUUGGGUGGAAUGGGGACUUAGGUAUUCUACACAUUAUUCCUACACACCAACACUUUAUUUUUUUUUUACCUACAUCCCUUCCAAUAUAUUAUGUAGGGUUAAAAUGCAUUUUUUUAGAAACGCUUUAGAGGAAAACAGUGCUACAUACUUGUUAUUUCUUUAUUUUAGCUAACCUGUCCUCAUGCUUUAUGCAAGUAAAUUUUUCCUUCUGUUUCUUCUCAUUACAUCCUCCUUGUUGUAUUAAAACUGUUUUAGGAAGUCCCUGAAUCUUCCAGAGCAAAGUAGGGCAAGAAGCAAUGGGUGGAAGCUCAUCAAAGAGAGAACCAACCUGGAACUAAGGAGAAAUUGUCUGACAGAAAGAUUAAUCAGUGGAACAGAUGGCCUCCCAGAGGUAUGGGUGCUCCAUCACUGGAGGUUUUCAAGAAAAAAAUGGACAACCAUUUGUCCAGAAUAGUAUAAGGUCUCCUGCCUUAGGCAGUGGCUUGGACUAGAAGAUUUCCGAGGGUCCCUUCCAUUCCUCUGAUUCUAUAAUUGGUAUCAUAGCAGAGUUUCAUUUCUGUCUCUUUGACCUUCAUUGUGCCUGAAUAGGGUCUCAUUCUGGAAAAAGUAGUUCAAUAAUGGAUGACAAUGACAGACGCAUCCUAUUCAUUGAAAAUGAUAGGGAGAACAUUCUUUUAUUUUGCUUUAGAAGAUCUAUAAGCCAUCCAAAAGAAUAGUUUGGAUUGUCACUCCUGUAUCUUUUAUGAAACCGAGUUAUCAUAUCAAGUUAUGAUAAUGAUCUGCAGUUUUAUGUUUAGUUUUCUGUUGCCAUUAAUCAUGGUCUAUAGUUGAGAGACCAGAAGUGACCAUCCACAUUGGACAAAUUAUAGACUAUAGAAUAUCUUGAAAUAUCUUGUAGGUUCAGCACUACAUUUUGCAUAUUUCAUCUUGGUAAUUAUGAUUCCAACUAGCUGGUUCAAUUGACCAAAUAUUGCAUGUUUAACAUCUGAAUAAAAAUGCAAAAUAAAGGCUUAAAGUGGAAAUAUUUUCCCCAAUAGCUACCCAAUUAAUGGAAAUUCCUUUUUCCUUCGCAGCAACCCAUUUUCUUGUCUAAACAGUUGAAUGAUAACAGCUGUCACUUUAUCAGCCAAAAAUUAAAAUAAAUAUUUGGACUAAUAAGAUGUUUGAUGAGCUCUAAGUAUGCGGUGAAAGAUAUUCCAAGGACUUUAUAGGUAUUGGAUGGAAACAACUGAGCUCAGUAUCAUUUGUAUUCAUAUACACACCCACACAAACACAAAUACACAUAAACAGAAGACAGACAAAGAGAUAAUGCGGUCUAAGUGCAGGACCAACUAACAAUAAAUAAAUCUCAUUCCCAUGCCCGUUUUCCAAGAGGUGGUUUUAUCAGGAUUUCUUACACCUGGUUAUACCCAGUUUUAAUUAUUGAGAAGCCAAAGAUUUUGAAUAUUUGUUCAUUUCCUAUCAAUAUGGCAUAUCUUAUCCAGUUUGAAAAAGAUUUAUUCUUUCAAUUUUUCCAUGAAGUGAGGAGACAAAGUCAAUCUUCUUCAGUGCAUUUCUAAAUGCAGUUUUCAUUCUGAUUUAUAGGAUAUAGAUUCUCCCAGACACCUUUCAUGAACCUGGUGUCCUCUAGAUGUAUUUAGAACUAAAGCUCUCAAAAACCUCAUUCAAGGUUGGAAAAGGCUUCUUUUGCUUACAAAGGACCUUUUCUUCCCCUAGAAGAUAUGAGGCUAAAAACACCAUAGGAAAUCCAUAAUUUUCUUCUAAAAGGAGUAUAUGCAAGAUAAUUUAAUAACCACUUUCAAGGAGACAACUAUGGUGAUAAAUAGAGAGAGGGAAAGCCUAUCUGGAUGAGAUUAAUUACCUAAAAAUCAGAAGCAGUGAGACCGUGAUGCAAACUAAACCUCUCUAUGCUUACAUGCAAAAUUGUCAAGAAAACAUUGUGUUCUCAGCUACCGCAACCCAUUGUUACAGCCUGGCGCUCUCAUCUUUCCACAAAUGCCAGACAUUACAAAGAUACUUCAAACAGAAAACCCAAGUUACAAACUUCUCCAUAGCACUAGUUGAAAUGAUACACAAAGAUACACCAUUUGACUGUACGAACCUCAUUAAAUUGAAUGGAAACUUAGCUAGGAUGAACUAGCAGAACUUCCAAUAGAUUGUGCCCAUGGCAUAAAUACUUCAUAAAUACUCCCUCCCAUUCUCCUUAUUCUACUCUUAAAGGUACCUAAAAUCCUCUGCCCUUACUAGAUUCACGGGAUGAAUGCUUCUCUCCUUUUCUAAGCAUAUUCUGAUUUCCUGGAUUAAGCCCAUCUCAGAAUAUUGCUGACUUUAAUGUAAUAGCAAUAUUCAACUAUGGAUGUUUCAACUAUUUCCGAGAAUAUUUUUUUAAUGUAGGUCUGAAUCUAGAAUGCUCAUCACUGCUCUAUUCUAUACAAUAGAACAAUAUUUUGCUUUUGUUUGUGUUUCUGUUACUGCUUCCCUAUCUCCCUCCUCUCCUCUUCCCUCUCCCCCUCCCACCCCAGUUUUCAUAUUGCAUGUUCAUUUCUAUUCACAAUCGUGUUCCUGGUGUAUUUCUUAUGCAAACAAUUCUUCAAGCAGCAAAAGAUGUCUGUUACAUCUAAACUUGAAUAAUAAAGUUUUACCACCAGUUAUAUAAAAAAA